GACUGUAGUUGUGAGCACGGUUUGCUUCAGUUCAAAAAAUGACCUCUAGAAACGUGUGCGCGCCAGGCUUCCGCGGGGGACUCCAAAGAGCUUGAAAGUGACCGCUGCCUUAGGGCCCCCCUGCCUCCCGAGGGACUCCGCGGCGGCGGCCCCAACAGGGUCGCCUGCAGGCGGGAGCCCCCUGGCGGGGGUGGGGGAGGAGUUGGGACGGUGAGCGAAUCCGGAGCUGCCCCGCUGCCCUGCGGGGGAGGCGAGUGCGCCCACCGAGGCCCCCGCAGCGGCUCCUCCCCUCGGGCAGGCGCGGACCCCCUCGGAGCGCCCCCGGGGCGGGGCGGGGCCAGUGCCGCGGACCAGUGAGCUCGCGGGGAAGCGCGGCAGCUCCGCCCCGCGAUGUCCGCCCCACCCUCCCGCCCCGACGCGGAAGGUGCGGAGUCGUCCGGACCCACAUCACCGGCCCGGCCACCCACUUGCCCCCAUGGCCGCCACCGCUCCGCUGCGCGACUGCCAGGCGUGGAAGGAUGCGGGCCUCCCACUGUCAACCACGAGUAACGAGGCCUGCAAGCUCUUUGAUGCCACCUUGACCCAGUAUGUCAAAUGGACCAAUGACAAAAGUCUUGGUGGCAUUGAGGGCUGCCUGUCAAAGCUCAAAGCAGCAGAUCCGACCUUCGCGAUGGGCCAUGCCAUCUCUAAUGGCCUCGUGCUGAUCGGCACCGGAAGCUCCGUGAGGCUGGACAGGGAGUUGGACCUGGCCGUGAAGACAAUGGUGGAGGUCUCCAAAACACAGCCGCUGACGCAGCGGGAGCGGCUGCACGUGUCUGCAGUGGAGACCUUUGCCAAGGGGAACUUUUCCAGAGCCUGUGAACUAUGGGAACAGAUUCUCUGGGACCACCCAACAGACAUGUUAGCCCUAAAAUUUUCCCACGAUGCCUACUUUUAUCUGGGCUACCAGGAACAGAUGCGGGAUUCUGUGGCUCGGAUAUACCCCUUCUGGACGCCCGACAUCCCCCUUAGCAGCUACGUGAAAGGCAUCUAUUCCUUUGGCUUGAUGGAAACCAACUUCUAUGACAAGGCAGAAAAGCUUGCCAAAGAGGCUUUGUCCAUUAACCCGACAGACGCAUGGUCGGUGCACACCAUCGCCCAUAUUCACGAGAUGAAAGCAGAAAUCAAGGAUGGAUUGGAAUUUAUGCAGCACUCAGAAACCCACUGGAAGGACUCUGAUAUGCUUGCUUGUCAUAAUUAUUGGCACUGGGCUCUGUAUCUGAUUGAGAAGGGCGAAUACGAGGCCGCGCUGACCAUUUACGAUACGCACAUCCUCCCCAGCUUGAAGGCCAGUGGAGCGAUGCUGGAUGUGGUGGACAGCUGCUCCAUGCUGUACCGGCUGCACAUGGAAGGGGUGUCCGUGGGGGAGCGGUGGCAGGACGUCCUGUCGGUGACCCAGAAGCACAGCCGUGACCACAUCCUGCUGUUCAACGACGUGCACUUCCUGAUGGCGUCUCUGGGUGCUCGGGACCCCCAGACCACGCAGGAGCUUCUGACCACCCUGCAGGAUGCCAGCGAGUCCCCCGGGGAGAAUUGCCAGCACCUCCUGGCCCAUGACGUGGGGCUGCCCCUGUGCCAGGCCCUGGUGGAGGCCGAGAACGGGAACCCGGACCGUGUCGUGGAACUGCUCCUGCCCAUCCGCUACCGUAUCGUCCAGAUCGGAGGCAGCAACGCCCAGAGAGACGUCUUCAACCAGUUACUGAUCCACGCGGCCUUGAACUGCACUUCUGGCAUCCACAAGAACGUGGCACGGAGCCUCCUGAUGGAGCGUGAUGCCUUGAAGCCGAACUCACCCCUGACCCAACGGCUCAUCCGAAAGGCUGCGGCCGUCCACCUCCUGCAGUGAGCUAGGCCUGGCCCCCUCCCCAGGGUCAGAUCGGCUGCCCCCUGGCUUCUAGGGCUAGAAGCGGCUAGAGCCCGUUAGGUGGUUCUGUUGAGUAACUUUGCAGCUUUAAGCAAAAAGCCCUGUAACCAGCAGCGUUACAGGGAGCGGGGACACCAAUCGACUUUAAACACGAGUCAGGAUCUUUUCGUCCUUGUUCAGGGCUGAGGGGCAGCCUCAAGCAGUUAGAACCAAACUAGUUUUGUUACCACUUGCCUUGCAAACUGUAUCUUCGCAGGGCACUCCCGCAUCUCCUGGUGUUCAAGGGUUGGAAGGCGGGGUUGGCCGGAGGCCAGCGCAGCUCAGGGAGGACAGUCUUCCACACAGCCCCUGGGGACCCCCUCUCCCCAGGCUGCCCCUGGGAUCUAACCCUAACCCUCACCUUGUCUUCCUCAUAUUCUAGAUCUGUUGUCCCAUCUUUUGGUUGAGGGCACCCAUGAUGGGGGAAGUGACUUGCCGGGGUCACAGCUAGUGGAGGCCCUAAGAUUCGCCUUGGGCCUCCGCAAGGCCUCACCUCACCGUCUGUGGGUCCCCCAGCUGCCCCCCACCCCCCACCUCAAAGAAGCACAAGCAUGUGGGGGGCCCUCUGCCGUCUCUGGAGAGGUCUGUGAGCUUCCCAGGGGGCUGCAGUGGUGCCGAUCAAGGGGCCUCGGGUAUGUGGUUUCCUUUGCCAGCUAUGACUUUAAUCAUCCGAGUGCACAGGCGCCGAGUUGACACACUUUCUGGGGCGUGCGGAUUGAGCCCAGGGUUGCCCUGUUGUGGCAACAAACACACAGCCCUGUGGCCCGUGGCCUUACCACGAUCCGAGCCGGUUUUACAAAUGCUGCCUCAGUCUCAGUUUCCCCCUUUUCCUAACCUGGCCCUUAAACCAGGGAGCUGCUGAUUUCACUGGAAUGCACCCGUGAGGGGCGAUCCUGGCCCCUAAGUGUGUCUCAGGUUCCUUCAGUGUAAGCUGACAUUAGGGAGGGACUCAGGCAGGGGGCAGGUCUCCUGCAGUGGAGGCAGUGGAGGCCUCCAAAUCAAUUAGACAAAUUUUCUGGGAUUAAAAUAAAUUAGGUAAUCAGUUCCUUUGA